GUCGCCAUGGUUGGAGAGUGGCAACAGCAAAAUGGCCAUGUGAAUGACGAGAUCAACCUCAGCAACUCAAUCGAUGACAAAGACUCCAUCUGGAGCAAUAUGGGCAUGAUUUAUGAUGAUGAAGUUGUUGCUACCGCAGAUGAAGAUGUUACUGGUGCCGGGAGUGCUAGUAACAAGAGGAAGAGGGGCAGGCAUGCAAAUCGCCAUUGCAAAGAGCAUAUUCUGGAACUUGAAGCUAUCUUCGAGGAAUGUCCCCACCCUGAUGAGACUGUACGUCUCGCCCUCAGCAAGAGGGUGGGCAUGGAUCCUCAUCAGGUGAAGUUCUGGUUCCAGAAUCGACGCAAUGCAAAGAAGAACCAGAAUGAGCGUCAGCAGAACGCGGUGCUCCGGGUGGAGAACGCUAUGCUAGAAGAAGAUAAUCGAGCCAUCAAGGCGGCGAUGCUCAACAAGACCUGCUCCGCAUGCAAAGGCCCGAUGGUGCACAUUGUGCCGCUCACCCCGGAGCUGCGGCGCCUACACACGGAGAACGAGAAGCUUAAGGCCGAGCUCCUCCGCAGGACGGCCUACCUCCACCAUAUCUCUGGUGGAAGUGCAGGGAUGCUCUGGCAGAACUGUUGGUUUCAGACGUUUCCGGAUAUCCUGGCAAGUGUUACCUCCAGCGACAUCGGCCAUGGUUGUAUUUGCAAAGGGGCAGUCAAACUGAUGAAUGCAGAACUAAGGGUGCUUUCGCCACGAGUGUCGAGUUGCAAGGUGAAGUUCGCGAGGCAGUGCCAGCUGAUAGAGCAAAACGUCUGGGCCGUGGUGGACGUGUCUCUUGAUGGCAAUGGCGUGUCUGAGCUCGGAGCAUGGAACACUGCUGGCCUGCCGGGGUCCUGCCGGCUGCUGCCCAGUGGGUGCCUUAUUCGGGACAUGAACGAUGGCCACUGCAUGGUGACAAUGAUCGUGAACGGGGAGUACGACAAGGGCUUCAUGCCGCUGCCGCUCCACCCGCUGCUGAGCUCAGGACACACCUUCAGCGCACGCCGCUGGCUGACAUCCCUCCAGAGGAGGUGCGAAUACCUCACACAACGCUCGAGCCCCGCCAAUGGCCUCGGCAUGGCAGGUGGUGUCAUAACGCCCGAGGCGCGAAACAAGGCCCUGGAGCUGGCACGGAGGAUGACGGAGAGCUUCUACGCCGCCAUCUCUGCGCCGAGGGGCGAGGCGUGGAGCAAGGUCACCGACUGGCGCGGCGUCGGCCGCGAGUCCUACGAGCUGGCCGUGCAUGUGGCGACCCCGCCCGACGCUCGAGCUCGUGCUACGCUGCGAGCUACCACGACGGGUCGUGAUAGAAGCAGCAACAAGAAGCUCAUCCUGCAGCAGGCUUGGAGCGACUCGCCGUGCAUGGUGGUGGCGUACGCUCCGAUCGACGUGGGAUCCCUCAAGAAAGUCAUGCUUGGAGGCAACCAUGACUCUUCUUUCUCCCUGCUGCCCUCCGGGUUCGCCAUCCUUCCUGACGGCAAUGGCGACGCGGAGAUUGCUCGGAUUGGUUCUUCCAACCCAUCUGCUGUCGACGCCAUAGGCCACCAGUGGAAACGCGGAUCUCUCGUCUCCGUCCUGUGGAGUGGAUCAAUGCCGCAGAACCUCACCGCACAGACUAUCGACAAUGUUGGGAAUCUGGUCUCCCGCUCCAUCGAGAUGAUCAAGAAUGCCGUCCAUGCCGAACAUGUCGUCACCGUCUGAUGCGCCUCUCCUACCUUUUCAGAUUAAUAAUUACUCA